GCCAUUCUCUCUCGAAGAUAUCAAGAGGAGAUUUUUCAACGCGCUCAAGAAUGUAAUGUCGUUGCAGCACUCGACACAGGCAGUGGAAAGACUUUUAUCAGUAUUUUGCUUAUCAAAUGGAUCGUGCUACAAGAGAGCGCUCGCGGCAAAGUCUUUUUUUUUCUGGUACCCAAGGUAGCUCUGGUCGAACAACAGGCCAACUUCAUUGCCGCGCACACUCCAUUGCGAGUCAAGAAGUUCCAUGGACCUCUUGAUCUGGAGCUUACUAAUCGUGCCAAUUGGAGAUCAUCGUUCGAGAAGUCUGACGUCGUCGUCAUGACUGCACAGAUAUUCUUAAACAUAGCUACACAUUCCCACUGGAGCAUCGACAAGGUUUCUCUUCUAGUCGUUGACGAGUGUCAUCACACUAGGAAAAAUCACGCUUAUAAUGGCAUCAUGAGGAAAUAUUUC